AUGACUGCCCCUGGAGUCCCUCAACCCCCCAUCGACGACAACAAGAUGGAUGGGUUACAAGAAAGACUGUUGAAAGAAUUGGUAAAAUCCAUAAAUGCCAACACACAAUCCAUUGUCCCCCAAAUCACCCAAAUACCUUUGACAGUAAAGAAGGAGGAGCCAAAGCCUAAGAAAAAACGUAAACAAACUGAAGUCGAACGAUUGAAAGAGUUCAGUUUGUGGGAACCUUGGGAAAAGAGAGGAUACGAUCCCUAUCAAGCAUUUCAAGAUGACGAAGAUGAAUAUGCACCAAGUACGAGCCAAGGGAAGGGGAAAAAGGGGAAAGGGAAGAGCAAGAAAAAAAAGACUGGUUAA